UUUCAGCACCUAGAACAGUCAAAUGAGAUUUCGGAGCUUAGGGGCACUCAGUGUCCUUCUCUUAUUUCUCCAACUGCCCGGACCUUCAUCAGAAUAUGAGUUAUCAAUAAAUCAUGAAGAAGUUACUGAUUCUGAUAGACGAGUUCUUUUGGAAAUUGCAAAAGCCGUUAAAAGAGUAAAGAGGAAUCCGUUCAAAAGAGAUGAAGGACGUUCCUCGGUGGAUUCAGAUUUGAGGCAAAAAGAGGAUAAUGGGGAUGACAACGGAGGUGAUGAAGAGAGCGAAGGAAAACCAGAAAACUUCCAAGGAUCUGCAAACGAUUAUUGUGACAAAUUUGAGCAGCACUUUUCAUAUUUUUGUGUCGGAGAGACCGACCAAACCGACAAAAAUGCAUAUGUAAUCAAGAAGUUCUGCCCGAGUUACAAGACAGCUUGCAAGCACAAGGCAGUAACCACCUCAGUCUCCUUAACCUCCUGGCCAACUGACCCAUUUGCCAAAGAAAUUACAGUAGCUAGUAGGCCUCUUCCUUCGACAUCAGGAAGAACAUCUCAUUCAAGAAGGCGGGAUAGUGAUGAGGAUUCUGAUUCCGCGGAGGAUGAGGAAGUUUAUUAUGCCGAACUUCGGAAAAGAUAUCCUUGUAAACCAGAUUGUGACAAACGGAUUUUUGCUCAUUGUACUGAAGAAUGCAAAUGUGAUUACAUUUAUCCAGUUGUGCAAAGAUUCUGUAAUCCACCCCCAAUGCCAAUGUUCCUAAACACUUGCAGGUUAUGGUACCAUGGAUGUCCGAAAUACGAGCGCUACCAUUAUGCUUCCCAAUUUGUGUACUCUAAGGCAGAAAAAGGAAAAGUGUUGCCUGGAAGUCCCGACCAAGCUUCCGUCAACCCUUACGGGCUCCCACAGCCGGCUCCACUUCGUAAUCGAGCUCUCGCGUUGGCUCCAAUUCGUCGUCAGAAGCGUGAUGCAGAAAAUGAAGAUUUGGUGGUUCCCCCUCCAGUUCCUUCAGAGAUUCAAGAAAGAGAAGCCUCAUUGACAGCACCAGAAUCCCGGGCAAUUCUUCAAAAUUACCGGGAAAAUUUGAAGAGUGGGGAAAAGAAAAAACGUAGAUCCCGAAGGAAGAAGCUACGAAGACGACGGCGGCAUCGGCAGAGAUUCAGUUUUGAUAAGGACUUUGAAGAGAUAACUACUACGAAGAGACCACCCACGCCGAGAGAAUUGUGGCGGGCGCUCAAACAACUAAAUUCACUGACCUCUGGACCUGGAGCCGUCGGACUAAAAAGCUCGCCGGCAACGCUCAAAGGAGGAGGAGAAGCUCAGGGGGGCCUCGAUGGACUUCUGGCAUCAGUCACUCAACCACAACGCGAACGAGAUGAAGCUGCACGACAAUGGGCUACGGUUGACGCAAGACAGUUAACCGAAGAUAUUGUGCAUUCGGUUGUCACCACCGAGAAGGAUGCGGAGCAUAAAGAAGCCAAGAAAGAAGCGGAACCAGAGCCAAACUUUGACAAGAUUAAGCCGCGCACAUUUGCCAUGUCGUCGGUCGCGGCGACCACUGCUAUAGUUGACGAACAGCCGGAAGUUCCAAAAAAGGCGUCAAGUGGGAGAGCCAAAGCCCACCAAGGAAACAUCCCAAUCCUUCCAUCAGACGCCACGUUCGCCGCACAAGGCAGUGGAGACGACACCUUCCGUGCUUUCGACGGACUCUCCGAUUCCAGAGGACUCGUCCACACCCCGCGGAGCAGAUCGCCAUUCACCAAACCUGGUCUCUGGGAGCCCAAUCCAGCAGAUCCACAUUCUAGAGAUCCCGCAAACAAAUACUGGUAUCAUCCCGAGUCCGUCGGAGUCGACUGGCUCAAUGGUCAGCUUCAAUGGGGAGGUCAUUGGGCUGUACCUGCCGCCGGAGCAGGAGGCACUGCUGGAAUGAGUGCAGUGCAUUUCCCAACUAUAGGAUCUUUCUUGAACAUUCCUGAUGAUUACGAUUAAGUGUUUAGGAAUCGAUUAAAUUGUUUCUUUCAAGCAAAAACAAAUCAGGGACCUUAUUUAUUUUGUUGUUGUUUUUUAUUUUUUUGACCCACUUUUUGCCUGUACAUAAAUGAUAAUUUUCUC